GGGGCCUGCGCGACUGCAGCCUCCUUCCUGUAGCCCGAUUGAGGAAGUGAAUUCCGCUGACAGGGCUGGGUUCACUGAGGGAGAGGCGAACAAAACAUCUUCCGCGGGGGACUGCUAAAACAGCUACAGACAGAAGGAGGGUAUAACCCGUGAAGUCGAAAGCGCAGUGUCAUCGGUGAUAUCGACCUCCCUGUGCCCGCAGACACACCGCAGACAUGAGUGAACAGCAACUGGACUGUGCCCUCGACCUGAUGAGGCGCCUGCCUCCGCAGCAGAUCGAGAAGAACCUCAGUGACCUCAUUGAUCUGGUGCCGAGUCUGUGUGAGGACCUCCUGUCCUCGGUGGACCAGCCCCUGAAAAUCGCCAGAGACAAGGUGGUGGGAAAAGACUAUCUGCUGUGUGAUUACAACCGAGAUGGUGACUCCUACAGGUCCCCGUGGAGUAACAAGUAUGAUCCUCCCAUUGAAGAUGGCGCCAUGCCUUCAGUCGGCCUGAGGAAACUGGAGGUUGAAGCCAAUAACGCCUUUGACCAGUACAGAGACCUGUACUUUGAGGGUGGAGUGUCUUCUGUUUACCUCUGGGACUUAGAUCAUGGCUUCGCUGGAGUUAUUCUUAUUAAGAAGGCUGGGGAUGGUUCCAAGAAGAUUAAGGGUUGCUGGGACUCCAUCCAUGUGGUGGAGGUGCAGGAGAAAACCAGUGGACGCAGCGCACACUACAAACUCACCUCCACUGUCAUGUUGUGGCUCCAGACAACCAAGUCUGGGUCUGGUACUAUGAACCUGGGUGGCAGCCUGACAAGACAGAUGGAGAAAGACGAGAAUGUUGGAGAGUCCUCGCCCCACAUUGCCAACAUUGGCCGCCUUGUGGAAGACAUGGAGAACAAAAUUCGCUCCACACUUAAUGAAAUCUACUUUGGGAAGACCAAGGAUAUAGUCAACGGUCUAAGGAAUGUUCAAACUCUGGCCGAUAAGUCGAAGCAGGAGGCUCUGAAGAACGACCUGUUUCAGGCAAUCAAACGCAAACAUAAUAAUUAGAGAUGCUACUGUUUCGUUUUUUCACUCACUCUUUCCGCCAUCUUUUUGUUUCGUUACGUCUUUUCCUGUAUGCCUCCCCCUCAGUGCUGCACUCUUGUUUACAAAAACAAACACGAGAAAAUGCUCAGCUUUUCAUUUCUCUGUUGUCCUGCCCGACCCCUUCCCUGCUCUUGGUUGAUGUUUUAUGUGCAUCUCAUCCACAACGAAGCCAUUCAGUCGCUCAUGUUUUCUUCUCUGUUGACAGUUCCUCUUCUGUAAUUUAACGAUAGUAUUACGACGGUUAACGAUAAUCCAACAGUGUGAGAGUCAUUGUAGUAAUAACCCCUGAUGUUCUCUCAGCUGAUGUGUCCCAUCAGGUUUUUUUUUUUUUUUUUAAGCCCCGUUCAUCUGUUAUCCACACUGACGCGGACACAGACUAUAGGUGGCGUAGACUGGGGCUGCCAUUACUAUAUGUACGUCAAAUUAACUUCUUGCACCUAUUUUUGUGUAAAACACCCCUCUAAUUAUAUUUGUAUAAAACUAUGUGUCGGUGUAGGUUCUAUUCUUCUGGGCGCUGCAGGCACACACAGCAGCUUUUGGUUGGAUUUUUACUUGCCAUUUUUUGCUGCAUGCAUGUUGAGUGUGUGUGUGUAUGUGUGUGUGUGUGGGAGCAUGGCUCUGCAGUCUGUGGAAAUGUAGUCGUAUCAGACAUGUGGGUCUUCUCUGGGUACACCCAAAUCAUCAGCCCAAAACCCCACCCCACUCCCAUUCAUUGUGUAUAACAUGACAAUUUGUUUUCCUCUGUUAAACUCUGUUUCUUCUUCACCUUUGUCUUCGUUGGGGGUCACAGUUUGUCUUCAUGUCCAUGGAAAUGCUCAUUUCCAUUUUGGAGGGGAAUCUUUGUAAUUUGUUUUUAUUUUGUAAAGCUUAUAAUUCAUAUUGUAUUAGAGCCUCCAGCAACAAUAAAAACAUUGAAAAGCU